AUGGCGGCCUCCUUAUCUGCAGCUGGGAGGAGCCCAGAGCUGGGGCGGCUCCUCAGCGCGCCCCGGAGAGAAAAGCCGAGGGACCCUCCAGGCUCCCUGGUCUCCUCCACGCUCCGAGCUCCCCGGCCUGUGACUGCGCGUCUCUGUCUCUGGCGCGGCCCGUCUGGAGUCCGCAAACCCGCAGCUUCCCGCCGCGCACUCCCGCCCGCUCCCCCCGAGAAGGACGGUGAGUGUCCCCGGAUCCGCCGCGUGUGCGGUCCCUGCGCGAGGAGCCCCGGCCGGACUGCGCCUCGGGUCCCGGGUGAAGGGGACCCCGCGCUGAGAGCCCCUCCUCGGCCCGUGUCUGCCGCCGCGUCCCCGCUCCGCCGCCCUCAGACCCCCGUCCUUCUGGGACCCCCGGACCGAGACCGCGCUGUCCCCGCCCCGCCUCUGCAGCGACGUGUCCCGCAUCACACGUGGAGCGACGUCUACGCGGUCCGACUCUGGGCUCCGCCCCGCCGCCGGCCGGGAGCCGCCCCUCCCCCGCGGUCCGUCCUCCCGCACGUGGCCGGUCCCGCCUCCCGGAACGUGGUCGCUUCUCUGCUCCCGGAGUCGCUGCUCUUGUUUGCUCCGGUCUUCGGGCGGGUUUGUCGGGUUGGGGACGCCGUGGUGCGGGGCGACGUGCGGGAAGAGCCGCCGGCCCGGGAGACCCACAGGAAAUCAUCCAAGGGUUUCGCGGGGGUCACGCAGGCAGGAGGCUCCGCGCUGACUCUAGACGCUCAGUACCAGCCCGCCCGGCCCCAGCGCUCGGAAGCCUCUUCCGGGGCCCCUGGCCUGCUCUGCUCCGACGCCUCCUCCGGGCCGCCCUCCGUGCUGCACUCCGCGCACGUCUUCUGGACUCGGGCUGUCCCAGAGGCUCGGUGCGGCGGGCCGGCCGCCUGCCCUAUCCUGUGCGCGCCGCGGGUUCCACCUCCGCAGGCUCCGGGCUUCCUGGACUGUGACCACCGGCCCCGUCUGGAGUCCGAAAACCCGCAGCUUCCCGCCGCGCACUCCCGCCCGCUCCCCCCGCCCCCCAAGGACGGUGAGUGUCCCCGGAUCCGCCGCGUGUGCGGUCCCUGCGCAGAGAGCCGCGGCCCGACUGCGCCUCGGGUCCCGGGUGAAGGGGACCCCGCGCUGAGAGCCCCUCCUCGGCCCGUGUCUGCCGCCGCGUCCCCGCUCCGCCGCCCUCAGACCCCCGUCCUUCUGGGACCCCCGGACCGAGACCGCGCUGUCCCCGCCCCGCCUCUGCAGCGACGUGUCCCGCCUCACACGUGGAGCGACGUCUACGCGGUCCGACUCUGGGCUCCGCCCGGCCGCCAGCCGGGAGCCGCCCCUCCCCCGCCGUCCGUCCUCCCGCACGUGGCCGGUCCCGCCUCCCGGAACGUGGUCGCUUCUCUGCUCCCGGAGUCGCUGCUCUUGUUUGCUCCGGUCUGCGGGCGGCCACCGGCCGCCGCGGGGCCGCGCACGUUUCGGUGUAGAAGAAUGAAAGUUCAGCAGACUGCACCUCAGUUCUGCGCUCGCACUAGCCGCGCGCUUCACAGCCGGGGGACAGCCGCGCCGCGCCGGGCUUCUGCAUGGGGCAGCUCGGGCAUGGGGCAGCUCACCCCAGAAGGGUCUCUGGGGCAGCGCUGA